AUGCUGGGAAAAGGGUUUCUCAUCGUUUUGUUUUUAGUGAUUGGAGUUCUUGCAACGACGCCGUUUGCCGCCAAUGUGACGUACGAUCACCGAGCGUUGGUCAUCGACGGAAGGCGGAGGCUCUUGAUUUCCGGCGCCAUUCAUUAUCCUCGCAGCACCCCCGAC